AUGGUGCUGCUGCUGCUGGUGGCCAUUCCGCUGCUAGUGCACAGCUCCCGCGGGCCGGCGCACUACGAGAUGCUGGGUCGCUGCCGCAUGGUGUGCGACCCGCACGGGCCGCGAGGCCCAGGACCCGACGGCGCGCCCGCCUCCGUACCCCCCUUCCCUCAGGGCGCCAAGGGAGAGGUGGGCCGGCGCGGGAAGGCAGGUCUGCGAGGGCCCCCGGGACCACCAGGUCCCAGAGGACCUCCAGGAGAGCCGGGCAGGCCAGGUCCCCCGGGCCCUCCAGGCCCAGGCCCCGGCGGGGUGGCGCCCCCUGCCGGCUACGUGCCUCGAAUUGCCUUCUAUGCUGGCCUGCGGCGGCCACACGAGGGUUACGAAGUGCUGCGCUUCGACGACGUGGUGACCAACGUGGGCAACGCUUACGAGGCGGCCAGUGGCAAGUUCACCUGCCCCAUGCCGGGUGUCUACUUCUUCGCUUACCAUGUGCUUAUGCGCGGCGGUGACGGCACCAGCAUGUGGGCGGACUUGAUGAAGAAUGGACAGGUCCGGGCCAGCGCCAUUGCUCAGGACGCGGACCAGAACUACGACUACGCCAGCAACAGCGUCAUCCUGCACCUGGACGUGGGAGAUGAAGUCUUCAUCAAGCUGGACGGCGGGAAGGUGCACGGCGGUAACACCAACAAGUACAGCACCUUCUCUGGCUUCAUCAUCUACCCGGACUGA